CCACAACUCGACGACCAGAUCUAUUUACAGCUCACUCCAGAUCCAAGUGGCCAUCUAUUCUCCCUGCUUCGCUCCAGUAUAUCCUCAGUAUGCCAAAACCCCUCCCAUCCCUUGUCCUUCUCCCCCCUCCUCCUUCACCAGCCACCCGGGCCUCCCUUUCCGCUGCAUAUCGUCCCUCCAUUACCUCCAUUGUCUCGACCCUGAAAGGCCUCGAGACUAGUACGGAGCUAUUGGUUGUGCUUCCAUGCCCAAGCCUCCACGGCCGAUUGCACCGCCCUAGAUCCGAGAUAUAUCACGAGGCUCAAGAGCUUCUGGCAGGCCUAUAUAGCCUGAUAUGCGUGGCAUGUGCGAAAUUAGGAGUCGAUGUUGAAUCAGAUACCCCCGGGGCUAUAGAUGCUCGUAUUCUGCUAUUAGACUACGGGUCAUCUCAGACCUAUUCAACAGAUCAUGAGACUACACUCGAUCCUUUUGUGUCGGGACCGAUCAUAGAUCUUCCCACUUUCUCGAUCACGCGACGCCGAUGGAAUCUGAUAUUCUCCGUGGAUGGUGAAGAGGGUCAGAAGGUGUUGUCGAGCUACACCAACCUUGCAAAUCGGAUUAGUCCUCCAGUGCUCGGCCAUUUGAGAACUGCCAGUGGUGGUGUCAGCCUGAUCCAGAAGAUUCCACAGCCUGCUCAGCAUUCCCGAACGUCUACCCCACAUAAUGUUAUUGCUGUCGGUGGUACAUUUGAUCAUAUUCACGCUGGUCAUAAACUCCUCCUUACAGCUACGGCUCUUCUCCUUCAGCCUGCCAGCAGAACUUCCACCAUACCCCGGAGAUUGAUUGUGGGGAUCACGGGCGAUGAACUUCUCAAAAAUAAGAAGUACGCCGAGUAUUUGAAGAGUUGGGACGAGCGGCAACAGGAUGUUGUCAACUUCUUACUGUCUAUCCUCUUGUUCACCCGCUCUGGUGCAGAGGAGAUUUUGGAGACUAUCAAAUUUGAUGAACCGGUUCCCAAUGGUCGGGCAAUUCACACGAGGUUGAAAAACUGCUUGUUGACAAUUGAGUGUGUCGAAAUUCAAGACCCCUUUGGCCCUACAAUCACAGAUGAAAGCGUUACGGCACUUGUAGUAUCAGGUGAGACUAGGUCCGGAGGUCAAGCGGUUAAUGACAAGAGGGCGGAAAGAGGUUGGGCUGCACUGGAGGUCUUCGAGGUGGAUGUUCUAGAUGCACAAGAACAUGAGGAAGGGUCAGCCAAAACAGAAGAUUUUGCGUCCAAGAUUAGCAGCACAGCAAUCCGAAAAAGCAAGGCCGAGCGUGCUCAAAAAUCGGCACUCUAGACGUGGUAGUUGGAAACUUUGAAGGCUUUCGUGUAUGCUCUCUUCCUCGUCUGGUCAACCUCGAUGUUCUUGUCGCGCAUCAGAGCGAGUUUCUUUCUUCUCUACGGAGUGUUCAACGUCGAUUAACCUCUUCCCUGAAUUCCAGUUGUCAGCCUAUGCCUGCCCGAAUCUGGUCAAUCACACUAUUACAGGUGCACAACGUUGGAGUACCUACCUUAGGUAUGUAUGCACUGCAGACGACAUGGCUGCGGCUGGGCUGCC